AUGGCCAGCAACAACACCGCCAGCAUAGCACAAGCCAGGAAACUGGUAGAACAACUGAAGAUGGAAGCCAACAUCGAUAGGAUAAAGGUGUCCAAGGCAGCUGCAGACUUGAUGGCCUACUGUGAAGCGCAUGCCAAGGAAGAUCCCCUCCUGACACCUGUUCCGGCUUCAGAAAACCCAUUUAGGGAGAAGAAGUUUUUCUGUGCUAUCCUUUAA